GUCCUCAGACAGCCGUGGAUGUGCCAAAACGACAUGGCUAGCUGACAACGACGGAUGGUCAGGUGGUAAUCUUAGCUUUGAUUGAAGACAGCGGACACGCGUUCCACAGGCCCUGGGACAAUAUCAUAUAAUAUAUAGUCACAACUUUGUUGAGGAACUGUAAACUGGACCAGUUAUAAUAUGCGAACUAGGACGGAUUAAAUUUCGCAUUAAAUCUCAUGUUGAGGUAUUUCAUAUAGGACAAGGCAUGUGUCAACGAGGAUAAGUUAUAAUCUGUUAGCCUAAAGCGGUGGCCACAGAAGACGAACAAGGUACAGUGGAACUACCGAAAUUGUGCUGUUGAGGUUCAGUCAGUGUUGGCGAACAAGACGUGACGACGCAAUUUAUUUAUUGGUGAUAUACUCAGGACAAUGGAUUAAGCGACCACUAUCAGAAUGCAUAGCCGAAUUAUUCAUAGGUGUGACAAUCAUCCCAUUAUCUGUCCAUAGAAAGAAGAGUGGCCUACUUGCCAACAAUAUCAUGAACACUGGACAAGUGACAAGACACGAAUUCAAACGUAUGUUUUGACUUUUUAAAAUUUCGAGAUAUGUAAAAGAUUAAGUGACAGUCGUAACUUAUAACGUCCUCUCGCACGGCAUAUACGAGCCUCUUACCAUUGAGACCAACUGCUGAUUAACUUCCCUGUUCAAGGCACCAACAGUGUUGGAGUAUGGAUUUUGAUGCGCUUGUUGCCGAAUAAAACACAUGUUAUAUCGCGGGAGAAGUCUUAGGUUCGAAAGAGGACAUCCUUGGGUUGACAUAUCUUCGGCCGGGAUCUUCGGAGAUGUAAACCCAAUGAAAUAAAAAUAAAUGGAUGAAAGUAAGGAGAAAUGUUUGUAAAAUAUCAACUACUUUAGCAAUAUUUAUGCCUGUUUUACUCGGGCUUGACAAAAUCUACGCUAUGGCAAUGGAAAUUGCUGAAUUAUAAGAGACACAAAUGUGGAUUUCUUGCCCGAAGUCUGAAAAAGUGAUGUUAGCAUUGACACACGCCAAGGAAAUUUCUUGUGAAUGAUUUUUGAAAUAUGUGUUUCUGUGACUGGUGACUAAUGGAUAACAGCGGAUUAUCUUCUUUAAGGAAAACUGUUGGCGACAAUCGCGGAUUAAUUACAUUUGGGUCAAUGUCCUAGAGGAUUUAAGAGUGGGUCACGACAGUUAAUUCCAAACUGAUUUAUCGAUAUAACCAAUGAAUUGAAAGGAUAUCCAAAUAGUGUCAUAAUCUGAACUCAAACGAAAAUCAACUGCGGACGUUUCUUUUUUCUGUUUGAGUGUCCGUCUCAGGGUUGCUAGCACAGAUGCUGAUGAUAUCUUAUCUGCUCUAACCAAAUUCCGUCAUACAUGUUUAACGCGUUUCUCUCCCUCAAACAGGUUGUUAAUGAAUUAGUCAUUCUGCAGUACCCAAAGAACAAUAAGCGGUCCCUAACAACCAGUCCAUCGAUUUCUGCUUAUACGUUUUAUUGGUUUGUUAACAGGGAACAUUAGCUAAAGGAUUUCCCGAUCGUGGUGAAGGAUAUUUGUACUCAAAUACAUACAUUGCAUUGGCGUUGUCAACAAAGACACUUUUUUAUAGCGCCUGUCAUGCGACUUCAAUAAUUGGCUUGCUAUGAACACCAUUUGGUGUUUUACAAAGAAUUGUGGAUUAUCAGGACGUGUAGGCCUUUCUUUUUGUGUGUUCACCGUCGAGUUUAUCAAUACUGUACCUGAGGAUACCAUAGGGUGAUGCCAUUGUUGAGAGGAAUACUUUUUGAUAUGACACCCGUUAAUAGUUCGUGUAGGAGACCUGGUUAUUGGUGAGAUUGUCGAGAAUGGGGAAGUAUACAACGUACAUGUGGACGCAAUAGCUAGGGCCUGCAGGAACGGGCCAACUUUCGUAUCUCAAAAAAGGAGAACUGUUUACAGAAAGUCUUCCAAAUAUUGUUGUGAAUGACGAGAUUAUUACGAACUCUGGCCUUCGACAUGGAUUCGACAAGGGGACUUAAAGUAGGGGUCCCCUAACCCUUUCAGUUGGAUUAAACUUAUUAAAUUGGAUAACGCAAAUAACGUUGUGCCAAGUGUCUUUGACGUCACAAUGGAUGAAGACACGAUACUCCAGUGCCCGUCUCCAUCUGCCUUCAUCUUGGAUGACGAUUUGUUGGCAAAGAUCAGUUUGCAUAUAAAACCAAGGAAACGAGUGAGUUUCUAUGACGACGAGAAUCUCGUUCGAAUUCGCGAGAUUCCGCCGAGAGGUGAUUCUCCAUUAUCCGAAGAGUUGGAGGAAUGUGACCCUGAAACGUUGCAGGAUGAAUUUGAGAAUAUCAGCCUCGGCUCCAUGAUAGGUAGCUACGAGGUUGGGAAAUCUGGUUCCAAGGGUGCAGACAUUGUGUCUCAAAUAACUGGCCUAAGCAAUCCAUUCGCCAAACCGAUACGGUACAAAUCAUACGGCCCGAAACGGUCGUACGGGACACCAGGGACAGUGAUAAAAACAAACCCUACUCCGGCGAAAACGAACUCAACUCGGCGCACGCGCAGAACUCAUAAAGAUGGGGAUAAACAAAGGACUACAAAGAAAUCUUCAUCUCAGGCGACAAGUUCCAUGUUGAAGCAGCGUGAGCGCGUCUCUAGUGCCAAGAAACCAACUGCCAAAGACCGCGUCCCAAAUGCCUCGAAACCGAGGACGAAAAGUCCGAAUCCAGAGACAUCAGGGGUGAGACCAUCCACCCCGAAGUCUAGGACAGAACUUAGUCUCAGGGACUCUAAACCUGGCAUCCCCUCCACCGCUGCCUUUCAAGAGACCACCAACAGUUUGAUAAGUGAAUUGCCUUGGUUGACUCUUCCCAGGAUACAUCACAGUCCGUACAGACAAGCCGCAACGCCGCCUCCGCCGGGAAAGGGUACACCCUCUCCCACGACUUUCUCGCUCCACCACGAGGGUAGCCAGACAUCUAUAUCUAGUCUAGAUUUCAAGACACUUUCCCCGAGGGUCGACCACUGCAAUGGUCGCAUCAGUAUUCGAAGGGAGUCCGGGACAGUUCGCUCAAACCACAGGAUGUACGCUUGGCAAGUCGCGAAUGGUAUGACCAGCGCUACUCCAGUUAUUACACCUUGUAUUUCACAGUUAUGGGACGUUAAUAAAUCACCAGUCGACUCAAAACAACCAUCUUAGCAUCAAGUGGUGACAAUUAUAUAGAUUUUAUUUAUAUAGGUCGGUGUAAUAACAUGAAAUGUCCGCAAGCCCAACAUGGUAGUUAUCUUGAGUUGGAAGUUAGACCAAGCCUCUGUUAAAGCAUGUGAUAUAAAGGUACCAUGAUAUUCUGUACACAUUGAUACUGCCAUUGACAAGGCAGAAUAUAAAACUUGCAGAAACCUUUCAAGUUAGGUACAAAUUCAUUCAGGAUACGACACCUUACAGCAAGAAUGAAACUAAUCCUGCAAGUGCCAAUUCGGGCGCAGGACAAGCGGUACCUUUAUUGUUUUUAUGUAUUAAUGAUAAAGUUUGGUUCAGUAUUAAUGAUAAAGUUUGGUUCAGCCCAGAAUAAUAUGAAUUGGUAAGCAGCAGAAUCACAGGGCAUCUAUUCAUUGAAAAUUGUGAUGUACCCGGUUCGCAUUUUACUGGCAACCCUUUGUCUCCGAGAAAUUAUGUUGUCAGUGUGGUUGGUCUACUUCUUACUACGAAAUCGGUUAGGAGCAGUCGGUACGUAAUUAAAGCGUUUUCACCUCAAAGAAGCAUUUCAUAACACUGGCGCAACCAUAAAAAAGUCGUGACGUCUCCUAACCGAUUUCGCAAUACGUGUUUCAUACCGGAUAUGCCAUUUAGGCACUUGGUACCCCUGAAAUGAAUUAUCUUGCCUUAAUUGUUGAAGUUGAAA